AUGAUGUCGAUUCGAUCUUCUAAGGGUACCGGAAUUGUGACUAGUGUUCCUAGCGAUUCUCCAGAUGACUGGGUCGCUUUGCAAGACUUAAUUAAAAAGCCUGCAUUCCGGACGAAAUACAAUCUUCUUGAUUCGAUGGUCAUACCAUUCGAACCGAUACCCAUAAUUGAGACACCGGGUUUAGGUAGUUUACCAGCUGUCACAAUAGUAGAUCAGUUAAAGAUUCAAAGUCAAAAUGAUCGAGAUAAAUUACAAGAGGCCAAAGAAAAAGUUUAUCGUGUUGGUUUUUACGAUGGGAUUAUGUUGGUUGAAAAAUAUAAAGGUUUAAAGGUGAAUUCAGUGAAAAAACUUAUUCAAGACCAAUUAGUUGAAACGAAUGAAGCUAUAAUUUAUUACGAGCCGGAAAAUCUAGUCGUUACACGUGGUGGUGAUGAAGCAGUGGUUGCUUUGUGUGAUCAAUGGUAUCUAGAUUACGGCUCAGAGGAAUGGAAAACAGAAGUCCGUAAAGCAGUAGCUAACUUGUCAGCAACCGAUGAGGUUAGACGCGGUCUUUAUUCAACCGUUGACUGGUUACAUGAACAUGCUUGCUCUCGUACAUAUGGUUUGGGUACUCGUUUACCAUGGGAUGAUAAAUGGCUUAUUGAAUCUUUAUCUGACUCUACAAUAUAUAUGGCAUAUUAUACAAUAGCUCAUUUGUUACAGGGCGGGUCAUUAGAUGGUAGAAAACCUGGUCCUCUUAAAAUUUGGCCAGAACACAUGACACCAGAAGUGUGGGAUUACAUAUUUUUAGGAAUAGGAAAUCCAGAGGAUUUAGUUGAAACGAAAAGUCAUUCCUCUCUAAGUGUACCAAUUUUGAAGAGACUUCUUAGCGGAAAGGAUCUUAUCUCCAAUCAUUUAACCUACUACUUAUACAAUCACAUUGCUAUAUGGCCAAAUGAACCAAAUUUAUGGCCUCGAAGUAUACGUGCCAAUGGCCAUUUGUUAUUGAACUCUAAUAAGAUGUCAAAAUCAACUGGUAAUUUUCUCACUUUAGCAGAUGCUGUGGAAAAGUACUCAGCUGAUGGUGUUCGUCUUGCUUUGGCUGAUGCUGGUGAUUCGUUAGACGAUGCUAAUAUAAAAGAAGAGAUGGCUGAAGCUGGACUUUUACGUUUAUAUGGCCUUUUGGAUUGGUUUAAUAUGACAUUGGAGAUUUUAAAUGAUUCAAGUUUACAACAAAAAUCUGAUUAUCGAACAGGUGCUUAUACAAUGCAUGCAGAUUUUGUUUUUGAAAAUGAAAUGAAUAAUACGAUUGAAUUGGCCGAUAAAUCAUACGCUUCACAUGAAUACAGAGAAGUACUUAAAAUUGUAUUUUAUGAACUUCAGGCACAUCGUGACCGUUAUCGUGAAGUUUGUCAAGGCAGUGUACAUACUAAUCUAAUUCGUCGUUAUAUGAAUAUUCAGUUACUACUACUUAGUCCAAUUUGUUCACAUGUUUGUGAACACAUAUGGAUUAAUUUGUUAAACAACAAGACAUCUAUCUUUUGUGAAAAGUGGCCCGAGCUUAGUUGUCCAGUAGAUCGAAUACUUUUGUUACAAGGUCGUUACAUAGAUGAUACAGCUCACACUUUUAGAUUACAACUUAAACAAUACAAAUCAUCAAAGUCUUUCAAAAGUAGUACAUCUGUUGGAUCCCAUUCUGUUACUCAGUUUAUUCCACCUUCGGAUGCUGUUGUUUGGGUUGCUAAAGCUUAUCCAGCAUGGCAGGCACAAAUUCUUGAAAUUAUGGCAGCUAAUCUUUCUGACGAUGGUAAAACGUUAGCAGAUAAUGCAACGUUAGCUCAACUUUUACGUCCUCAUCUAAAGACUAUGGGUAAAAUGGCAAAACGUGCUAUGCCAUUUGUACAGUUAGUCCGGGAACGGUUUGUAAUUCACGGUAAACGAGUUCUUCAACUUCAGUUGGAGGUAGAUGAAUGCGAAGUAAUUAAAAAGAAUUUAUCCUAUCUUAUAUCAACUUUAGGUUUACGACAACCUGAUGGUUUAAAAAUCAACUACUCAUGUGAUUCUAAUGAUAGUCGCAUUGAAGAAAGUGUUUGUCCUUUAGAGCCUCUUAUUUUGUUUUGUGAACCAUCUACCUCAGCAUCCAUGACGUUUUUAAAUCCGGAUAUUGGUUCAGGUCUCUUUACACUUAAUGGUGUUACUAUUUUUGACGGCGACACAUAUACCGAUGUUGUCUCACGUGUAGUCAAUCACUGUCGUUCACUUGCGUUAAACAGUAAAGACUUAAAAAACAUAACAUUGUACCGUUUUACCGAUCCUACAUGCGGACAUUUACGCAUUCCUCCUUACCCUAUGGAAGCUCUACAAAUUGUCCAGCCAACAGCUCGUUUUGUAGUCGAUGCAUCAUCCAUCAUAACUCUGAAGAUUGGUAGUGAUUUUAUUCCUAUUGGCAAAAAGCUUGUGUACACAACUACCGUGUCGUCAUGA